CAUCCUGGAAGAUAUCUCGCUGCUGAGAGUGACCUGGAAAGCAAGGGAGGGUCUUCUACUGCAAUGCGGAUUCCGUCCUGGCCCAUAUGCAGCUUGCCUGGGUGCAGCAGUGGUCCCCCCGCCUCUCACGGCACAGUGGCAUGGACAAGUUAGCCUUACUGGGAGAAGAAACACAGUGGCUCUCCCGAGAAACCUGUGCAAGCGCAUUGCCCAAGUUCUGGAUGAGGUCUUUGAAGAGAUCACUGAAGCCGAUUACCAUGAUGUGAGAGAGCACAUCAACGCCCUAUUCCACAUCUAGGCAUGCAUGCAGUCCUAAUCCUCCUCACCCCAAGAGCCCGCACCAAAUAACUUCCUUCCCAAAAUAAAAGCCACUUACCGGGAACCUCUUCUGGUGUUUGUCCUUCCCCAAGCACCAGCCGCUGUGACUGGCUACCUUCCUCCUGGCUUGAGAACAGCUCCUGGCUGCAUGCAUCUAGGGAUUCCGGGGUGUCUUCCUCUGCCUCAGCACCCUCGUUCCCACUUUGCUCCUCCUCCUACCUUGUUGAACUGGGCUCUGAAGUGUCCAUGGUGGUACUCGGAGUGGAAGUGGGGUCGCCUCCAAGUAUCGCGUCUAGCUGUUUGUAGAAACGGCAGGUCGCAGGGGCAGCACUGGAACAGGUGCCUCACGGGCUUUGCAGUAGGCAUUCCGCAGCUCCUUCACUUUAACCCUGCACUACAGAGCGUCCCGGUCAUGGCCCCUUUCCAUCAUGUCCCUUGAUAUCUGUCCAAAGGUAUCAUAAUUCCUACGGCUGGAGCGCAGCUGGGACUGGACAGCAUCCUUCCCCCAAGCAACUGAUGAGGUCCAGUACCUCGCCAUUGCUCCAUACUGGGGCUCGCCUGGCGCAUGGAGGCAUGGUCACCUGGAAAGAUUCACUGAGAGCACUCCAUGCCUGGCUGAGCAAAGAGGAAGAGGAUUUUCAAAAUUCCCAGAGAAUUUAAAGGGCGGGUCUGACAGUUGGUCACCUGAGGGCAGGGCAGUAGAGUUCAAAGUGAUGACCAGAGUGGCUAGUACAGGCAUUGUGGGACACUUCUGGAGGCCGAUCAGAGCGCACUAUAGGACCAGGGCGUUCACACUGGCACUGCGGCACUCCAGCAGGGGUGCACAAAACGUUAUUCCACUUGCCGAGGUGGAGUUCCAGCAGCACUGUAUCCGCGGAAUCAGAGCACUCUACAUGCCUUGCCAGUGUGGACGGGUAGUGAGCUAGUGCGCUCGGGGCUCCUUUAUUAUGCUGUAACUCACAAGUGCAGCCACGCUAUGAGUAUCUGACUGUAGAUAAUGGAUUUCUUGGUGUGGUUGGGGUGGUUACUGGAUCUAUGAAGUUAACCUUAUCUUGGUGAAAUAUACUGGAGUGAAUGCAUGGAAGAUUGAAGUCCUCUGUUUAUCCUUCAAAGAGAUGCAGCAGCACUGCAAACUAUAAAUAGUAAUGAUACAAUCUCCAUUUUGUGUAAUAAAUGAAAAAGAAUAAACCAUGGGAAAUCCAGAAAACAUAGGAGAUGCAUAUGUUGCUGUGAUUCGUCCAAAGACUACUGCUAGCCUGAAUUCUCGGGAAUAUCGAGCUAAAUCAUAUGAAAUUUUGUUGCUUGAAGUUCCCAUUGAAGGACAAAAGAAAAAGAGAAAGAAAGUUUUGUUGGAAACUAAACUUCAGGGAGGCAGUGAGAUAACCCAGAGCAUCUUGGAUUAUGUAAUAGAAACCACCAAACCAAUUUCACCAGCUAAUCAAGGUAUCAAAGGAAAGCGAGUAGUGUUAAUGAAGAAAUUUCCUCUUGAUGGAGAGAAGGUGGGCAGGGAAGCCUCUCUUUUCAUUGUUCCAACCGUUGUCAAAGAUAAUACAAAAUAUGCAUACAGUCCUGGAUGCCCAGUUUUCUACUGCUUACAGGACAUCAUGAGGGUCUGCAGCGAAUCCAGCACUCAUUUUGCUACACUCACUGCUAGAAUGUUAAUAGCCUUGGAUAAGUGGUUAGAUGAACGACAUACACAAUCUCAUUCCAUCCCAGCUUUAUUCAGACCAUCUCCUCUUGAGAGGAUUAAAACUAAUGUCACAAACCCUGCAUAUGCUCUUGAACCUGGGCAGACUGAGAGCUCUCUACACAUGGGAUAUACUGCAUUAGAAAUAAAGAGCAAAAUGUUGGCGCUGGAGAAAGCAGAUAUGUGUAUCUACAACCCUUUGUUUGGAUCAGAUCUUCAGUAUACCAACAGGGUUGAUAAAGUGGUUAUAAAUCCAUAUUUUGGUCUCGGAGCUCCAGACUAUUCGAAGAUUCAGAUUCCAAAACGAGAAAAGUGGCAACGCAGCAUGAGCAGUGUCAUGGAAGACAAAGAGCGCCAGUGGGUAGAUGAUUUCCCUCUUCAUCGCAGUGCUUGUGAAGGAGACUCCGAAUUACUGUGUCGCCUUCUAGAUGACAACUUUUCAGUCAACCAGUUAGACAGUGACCAUUGGGCACCUAUCCAUUAUGCAUGCUGGUAUGGAAAAGUUGAAGCCACUCGAAUGUUACUGGAGAAAGGGAAAUGUAAUCCAAACCUACUGAAUGGACAGCUUAGCUCUCCUCUUCAUUUUGCUGCUGGAGGAGGACAUGCUGAAAUUGUGAAAAUUCUUCUAAACCAUCUGGAAAUUGACAGACACAUUACCGAUCAACAAGGAAGAUCCCCAUUGAAUGUCUGCGAAGAGAGCAAACAAAAUGAUUGGGAAGAAACAGCAAAACUGCUGAAGGAAGCCAUAAAUAAACCUUAUGAAAAGGUACGGAUUUAUCGAAUGGAUGGGUCAUAUCGUUCUGUUGAGUUGAAACAUGGAAACAAUACUACUGUACAGCAGAUAAUGGAAGGAAUGCGUCUGUCUCAAGAAACACAGCAGUACUUCACUAUUUGGAUUUGUUCUGAGAACCUUAGCCUCCAGCUGAAGCCAUAUCACAAACCUUUGCAGCAUGUUCGUGACUGGCCUGAAAUACUCACUGAACUGACAAACUUGGAUCCUCAAAGGGAAACUCCACAGCUUUUCCUGAGGAGGGACGUGAGACUUCCUUUGGAGGUUGAAAAAAAGAUUGAGGAUCCACUGGCUAUUCUUAUCCUGUUUGACGAAGCCAGAUAUAAUUUGCUGAAAGGCUUCUAUACUUCACCUGAUGCCAAACUGAUCACACUGGCAAGUCUGCUUCUACAAAUAGUCUAUGGAAAUUAUGAGAGUAAGAAACACAAACAAGGUUUCCUAAAUGAAGAAAAUCUUAAAUCUAUAGUACCCGCCCCUAAACUAAAAAGUAAGGCUCCUCACUGGACCAAUAGGAUACUUCAUGAAUACAAGAGUCUCAGCACUAGUGAAGGUGUAAGUAAAGAGAUGCAUCACCUGCAACGAAUGUUCUUGCAGAAUUGCUGGGAAAUUCCUACCUAUGGAGCUGCUUUUUUCACAGGACAGGUAUUCACCAAGGCAAGUUCAAGCAGUCAUAAAGUCAUCAGAGUGUACGCAGGAGUAAAUGUAAAAGGACUACAUCUCCUCAAUAUGGAAACCAAGGGUUUGCUCAUCAGUCUAAAGUAUGGUUGCUUUAUGUGGCAGUUAGGAGAUGCAGAUACCUGUUUUCAAAUCCAUAGUCUGGAAAACAAAAUGAGCUUCAUAGUGCAUACCAAACAGGCAGGUCUUGUCGUAAAACUACUGAUGAAAUUAAACAGCCAGUUAAUGUCUUCUGAACGAAAUGAAUGACAGCGAUGGACAGUGAUUAUGCAACAGUAUUUUGUGAUUAAACAGAAGUAACUCUGUUUUAAUUAAAAUAGAAGACUUCAUGUGCAUGAAAGUUUCUCAGAAUGAAAUGUGUUGUGAAAUUUGUAUAGACUUUUUGUACAGAAGCUGCAUGGGUUAUUUUUUUAAAAAAGUAUAUAACAUCUAUUUUUAUAAAGAGAUUUUCUUCAAUAUAAGCUAUUCUAAUUUUUGAGCUAAACCACAAGAAGAAAGGUAGAGAUAAUAUAAAAUAAAGUAUGCUCUUGUUCCUAAGAAAUUAUGGAGGAUUCAAAGUGCCUUAAACCAAUCCCUAAUAUACCUGUUAUUAAUCUACUUGUGAUGCUGUAGAAUGCAAUGAAACCUGUACAAGUAACAACCUUUAAUAGGCAACUUGCUCUCUUAAGAAUGCCAAAGGUAUUCCCAGAUAUAUUGAGUAAAAUUCUUCUCCACCUCAAUUAGAAGACUGUAGGGUCCCGUGAGUGAUCCUGUCAGUUUCUCUGUGUUUUUAAUUUGAUGUUAAAUACAUUUUAUAGUUAAGACUUGAUUUCAUUUCAAGUUUAAUUUUUUUUUUCUUAUGUGCCAGUAUUAUUUUAGAAUAUUGCCUCAGGACAGCUAUCAGGAAAUACAUUUUUAAAUCUUUUCAGGAGCAGGUUAAAUGUUUAGCAUAUUUAAUGUUUUGAAACUAGUGGAUUAUUACUUUGCAAUGCAAUACCUGCUUACAUAAUAAUUACUUACAUAAUUACUGCUUAAGUAAAAAUUACUGGCUUCAAACAAAUUUACAUUAAGUUUAGUUACUCGAUUGCAACAAGUUUGAUUGAGUAAUACUUUGUGCAGUAGGGACUUAAGUUGUUUCCAUUAAUUGAGUUUUCGUGCUCAUGUCUUACAUGACUUUGUUGGGACUCCAUAGGAUUGGAGAUUUGCAGGAUUGGGGAUUUAUAGUGUAGAGAUAGAAACUGGGCAUCCAUAGAGCUGUUUACUCCAUAGAGGAUUCGAUUCUGCUCUAAUUAGUGUCAAUGGGAGCAGGUGGAGGCCCUAAUAUGAUCUUGUUAAUAAAAUGAUGGAAUAAUUGUUUUCUUUUCAUAAUAUUUAAGAAGACUGGAAACUAAUUUUAAAGAGACUUAGGGACAGUUUCUGGUUGCCUUUGAGGUUGUCAGAAUCUGCCCUACACAAGCAAAUGUACAUUUGCUUAACAUGACAGCAAUUAAAGUAAAACUGCAAUAUAUUUUAAUCUUCCUAUUGUAUAUUAAUUAGGUUUAUUUUUAUGAACAGUACGGUAUGAACAUUUUAAAUCAUCAAAUGGAGUUUGAAAUAUCUUUGUACCACAAACUACUACCCUGUUAUACUAACCUCUGAACUUUCAAGGGGGUGCUAUAGGGUUUUAACUUCAUCUCUCACUGACUUCAAUGGGAAUUGUGUGGCUAAAACCACACGCAAUAUUUUGUGGUAAAGUUAAAUAUUUGCACUUGCCUCUAAAAUGAAAGUUAAACAAUUCAAUGCCAGGCACAAGAGCACUUUGCAGUACUUUCAUCUUUGCAUUCAAGCUUCUCUGAAAUCCCAAAUCAGUAUAUUUUAAUGAAUUAUAAAGUACUCAGAGGGCAAUUUUUAAAAAUGCAUGCAGAAAAAAGGUCAGUUCUAUAGAAUUUUCUUUAAAGCCAUACCUAAGCUACGUGAGCUUCAUUGGCAUGCAGUUACUUGUAAAUCUUCCUAGAUUGAUUGAUUGUAUUGCCUUUGAUCAGAAGUGAAUAGUACAGCAGUGUUAAAUUAAUGCACAGCUAUCACUUGGCUUUAAUAUCAGAACAUCCUUUUUUAUAACAAGCACUUGUUAGAAAACUAGAAGUGUAUAAUGUUACAAACUGUAUAUACAAAUAAGUGUCUAGUUGCAUAUUUAACAAUAAAAAUAAUAAACCUUA